AUAACUCAAAGAUAGCGGAAGCUCCGGUGACAGAUGCACGUCGAGCAGUCGCUAAUCAAAGUCGUCAAGACAUAAAAGGAAAAGGCUGCUAAUAAGUCGAAAUAAAUUAGAAUAAUCUAAGAAACAUGAGUGAAGUUAAAUAAGUGUACUCAGCAUAUAAAAUCUUAGUUAUUUUUAACGUGAAACAUUAAAUAAAAGCUGUAAAAAAUUUAAAGAAAAGUGCGAAAGAGUCUAAGUGGAGCCUGAAGCUGAAGUUCCAUCUUAGCCGGCAAAUAAACUCUUUAAAAAAGAGAAUUCAACAUGAAGUUUUCUUUUAUGGUCAUUAUUUUCGUCUGUUGGUUCACGCUAUUAACAGCCAAGAAUAUUCAACUCUUGGAAAUUCUCAAUUAUAUAAAUGGCGACUUUGGACAUCAGUGCGAGGAUGAUAUUGCUUUAAACUUUUCUAACACAGUGAUCACUUCUAUUGGUCAGAAUUUUAUCAGUAGUCCUCUGAUAACUUGUCUGAACCUCACGAAUAUUGACAUCCAGAGCAUCCAGAAUGGCGCCUUUGACAAACUUCCCAAUUUAAGUCAACUGUUUAUUUCUAAUAACAACAUCAAAUUGAAUGAACUCUUCAACUUUGGGGGUCAUGAAAAGUUGAGGGUUCUUAUUCUGAACAACGCAACUAAGACCAAUUACUAUUAUUAUUAUGAUAAUCCACAUCGAUUUAUAGUUGAUAUUUCUAAAGAAUAUCCUAAUUUAGAAAUCUUAUCUCUCUGUGCAAAUGAUAUAUAUAGCGUGCAAACUUCUAUAAAAGAAACUCCAUUACCAAAAUUGAAGAUUCUAGAUCUUUCCAAUAACCAUAUAAGAAAUAAUAACUUUCUAAAGUUAUUGUCAAAUAGUUUGUACUUUCUUGACCUCCACAAUAACUCGCUCACUUCAUUGGCAUUUGAUAAGAAACAAGUAAACUUGUUAGUAUUAUACCUGAAUAACAACAAUUUGAAAUAUGUAAAAUACAAUAAUACUCAUAAAUCAUUUGAUUCGUAUAAUCUGAAUAAUCAAUAUAAACGACUCUAUGGAUUUAAUCAACAUUCAUCACGUGAAUUUGAUCUGUAUGAUUAUGGCCUAGCAAUGGAUGGCUUAGAAAAUCUGCAUUAUCUUUCUAUUUCUGGAAACAAAAUUGAUUUUAUUUUAUCAAACGCUUUCAAGUACACUGAUAAAUUGGUUUAUUUGAACUUGUCUAUUAAUAAUAUAAAUUACUUACAUCCAGAUAUAUUUGAAAAUUUGCAGUCUUUGAGAUGGCUCGAUUUGAGUUUCAACAAGUUCGAGGAUGUACCGCAGAUUUCAAGUGAAAUCAGCGCUUUGUCUCUUAAUUGUAACAAUAUUAAGAGUUUAACUGCGAAUGCUUUUGCGCAAAUGCCAAAAUUGAUAAAAUUGUUUUUGGCGGGGAAUCAGAUCGUCGAGAUUAAUGUUAAAGCGUUUACUCAACUUUUGUUUUUAGAAGUAUUAGAUCUUUCGAAGAACAAAUUGAGUUUUCUACCGAAAGGAUGGAGCGAGUCUUUGAUGUCUUUAAAAUAUUUGAUUUUGAACGAUAAUAAGUUUAUUUCUUUAGAGUCUUUAUCUCUCACAAGCAGGGUAUUAUUGUCAUUGAUGGAGGUACAUCUGGGUUUAAAUCCACUAGAAUAUUUAGAUGUUAGCUACUUCAAAAACUUGCCGCAGAAUUUUACUGUAAAUUUGACGCAAGUAUCAAAUUUUGCUGAAUGCUGGAAUUCUAAUUUAUGCCAAGACAAAAUAUCUUUAAAUUAAAAUUACAAUGCUGUAGAUAUGUUAUUUUCUUGCAAAUUCAGCAUUUGAAAAAUCCUACAAUUUUUAAUGUAAAACAGCUUAAAUAAAUCCAACGCCUGUAUAUGGAAAAAAAAAUAAUUUUUAUUAUUGUAUUGCGUUAAUUAUA